AUGGUAUGCUUGUAUGUUGAUGAUUUACUUGUGACUGGAAGUAAAGAAUCUGAGAUACACAAGUUUAAGGAGAAAAUGCAACUUGAGUUUGAGAUGAGUGACAUGGGAGAGUUGUCAUAUUUCCUGGGUAUUGAAUUCCUCAGAACUGAGAAAGGAGUGUUUAUGAGCCAGAAGAAGUAUGCACUGGAAGUAUUGAAGAGGUUUAACCUUUUAGAUUGUAAUUAUGUGACUACACCAGUGGAUUGUGGGAUAGUCCUUACCAAGGCUGAUACUGGAAAAGCAGUAGAUUCUACUAUGUACAAGCAGAUUGUGGGGUCAUUGAGAUAUUUGUGCUGCAGUAGGCCUGAGAUUAGCUAUGGUGUAGGGUUGGUGAGCAGAUUUAUGGAGAAUCCUAAAGAGUCUCACUUCAUGGCGGCUAAAAGAAUUCUGAGAUAUGUUAAGGGUACAAUUGAUCAUGGUGUUUUGUUCCCUGGCAGAGCCUAUAAUUUGAGAAGUGAGAUGAUUGGCUAUGUGGAUGCUGACUGGUGUGGAGACAAGGAUGAUAAGAAGAGUACAACAGGUUUUGUAUUUCUUUGUGGAGAUGCACCAAUCUCUUGGUGUUCAAAGAAACAACCUAUAGUAGCUCUAUCUUCAUGUGAGGCUGAGUAUGUAGCUGCUUCAUUUGGUGCUUGUCAAGCUGUUUGGCUCAGCAUGCUUCUUGAAGAGAUAGGAUUGAAGUCAUCUAGAGUGAUGAAGCUUUUGAUAGACAAUAAGCCAGCUAUUGAUCUAGCUAAGUAUCCAGUGGCUCAUGGGAGAAGCAAACAUAUCGAGACUAGAUUUCAUUUUCUGAGGGAUCAAGUGUCUAGAGGAAAGUUGGAACUUGAACAUUUUCCAAUUGAGGAACAACUUGCAGACCUGUUCACUAAGCCUUUUAAGGCUGAAAGAUUUUCCUUGCUGUGCAAGAAACUUAAAAUCUUGUCAUUAAGUAGUAUUCUGAUUUAG